AUGGUGUAUACCAGUGCCACGUUCGUGCCAGGUGGGUAUGAUGAUGAGUACUACAUGCCUCCACCACCGCCCGAGUUGAUCUCGCCGGAGCCACAGAGAAUCAACCCGGAAAUGUCCAACCAGAUCGCCGACGGCCUCCACCACAUGAACCUGCACAACCCGAAUCGUUACUCAGAAAUACCUCUCGACAACGACAUCCCCCACCUCUCGCCCUUCCCCAAACUCAACAAUCCUCCCCCCAAUGUCCCACCCUCAGACGAAGAAGUGGAGGCGACGCUGGAGAACGCUCGCCUCGCCGUCCUCAACUCCAACGACCCAGAAAUGCAGCUCGCAUGGGCUCAAGACACACUCAUGUACGUCGGCGUCUGCGCCGACCACGAGGAACGCCUCGCAGCCGCCAAGCCCAUGACCGCUCGAGCAGGCACACCGCGAAUAGAGCAUCAGCUGAAAACCGACGCCAUGAACGUCGUCACCUUCCUCGCCGACCAGCACCAUCCCAAAGCAGAGUUCCUCCGAGGCAUGUGGUUAGAAUGGGGCAGGUUCGGGCACAGGGAGGACAAAAAGGAGGCAUUCCGCUGUUAUUCGCGGGCGGCGGAUAGAGAUUACGUGCGAGCGCAGUACAGAAUCGGGAUGUUAUACGAAUCCUACAACGACCCGAUUAAGGCACUGCGACACUACCACCGCGGUGUCGAUGCGGGCGAUGCCGCGAGCUGCUACAGAUUGGGUAUGAUGACGCUCCGAGGCCAACACGGCCAACAGCAGGAUUUCGCCCGAGGACUGGACUUGAUUAGAAAGAGCGCGCAGGCUGCGGAUGAGAAUGCGGCGCAAGGCGCUUACGUCUACGGUAUGCUGCUCGCCAGACAACUGCCCCAAAUUGAGAUUCCGGAGGGUUACUUGCAGUCUGAUGAGCGGGCCGCGAGGAUCAAUGUGGAGAAGGCGGCGUAUUUGAAGUUCGCGAAAGCGCAAUUGAAGAUGGGGUCGGCGUAUGAGUUGGGUGCGUUGGGGUGCCAGUUCGAUCCGGCGUUGAGUAUGCAUUACUACGCUCUGGCGUCGAAGCAAGGAGAAGCCGAGGCGGACAUGGGUCUGAGUAAAUGGUUCCUCGUAGGCUCCGAAGGACUCUUCCCCAAGAACGAGUCCCUAGCCUAUACCUAUGCCGAACAAGCCGCGCAGAGCGGUCUCGUGACCGCGGAGUUCGCGCUGGGGUAUUUCAAUGAGAUUGGCAUGCAUGUCCCGGUCAACCUGGACAAGGCGUUGGAGUGGUAUCAGAAGGCUGCUAAGCAUGGGAAUGAGGAUGCGAGGGGUAGGAUCGACGGGCUUUCGAGGAAACAGUAUCUUAGUCGGAAGGAUCAUGAGAAAGUUGCGAUCACACGGAUCAAAUCGACGUAUGGGUCGGUGAAAGGGUAUAAGCCUGAGCGCUUUCGGCUGCAGGAGGAGAGGAGGCCGAAGGGGAUUGCUGAGGAGUCGGCGGUGGCGGCGAAGGGUUAUGCUGGUUAUGGUUAUGGUAAUGGUAAUGGUAAUGGUGGUGGGGCGACGGCGACGAGACCACCGGCGAGCGGCAUGAGGUUGAGUAGCUCGUCUAUCCAGCCACCACCCCGCGGCGACUCCAUAACACCUUAUCCACUGGACAACCGACCUCCCGCCCUCCAACCACUGGACCAGAGACCCGCUUCCGUGGCCCCAUAUCCCCUCGAAGACGGCCCACCGAAAGCUACACCCCGACUCGGACCCACAGGCGGCUUCUUCAACGCCAAUCCGCCUCCGCGCCCGGCGACGACCGUUGGACCGGCGGACAUGCGACCUAGUUCUGCCUUCCAGUUCAACGCUGAUGCGAGAAGUCAUUCGGCGAGUACGGUUCCGCAACUCCCGAGUCAGAGUCAGCAGGGCGGUAGAGCUUCUUACAAUGGACCCCAGACACAGCCCUAUGCUCACUCCUACGGACCAGCGCCAAACUCCCGCCCAGCUACCAUCGGGGCUGGCCCAUCACCCCAAAAUAUGCCUCCGUAUCAACCAGGCUCAGGACCAGGCCCCGGUAUUCGCCCACCAAACCAACGAAUAGCUUCCGGACCUCCCGCCCCAGCCGGCUACGGUCCCCGACCUAUGGGUAUCUCUCCCGCAGCGCCACCGCAACCGGGUAUACUACCCCAUCACCCCACCGCACCACCGGGUCAAUUGCCCCAGGCCAUGGAGUCAGCAUCACGACUCGAUAUCGGGUUCUCGGCGCCUCCGGAAUCGCGCUCGAACUCGUACGGUCCUCGCCCACCACCACCCAACGCAAGUGGAGCGAGGGCACCAUUACCGAGGAAUCCUAGUAUGCCUAAUUUUGACCAGCAGCAAGGGCAGGGACAGGGAGGUCCGCCGCAUCAACCGAACCAACAACAGCAACCCGCCGCCUCAUCACAACAAGCAGCUAGUGGUGGUGGUGGGGUCGGUGGGGGUGGGGGUGGUGGCCGAGCCUCCCUCCCCUCUUCCCGACCCCUGGAAGCUCGUCAGAGGAAACCUUCUGGUCCUGCCUUUGAUGCUGGAGGUGGUGGUGUUGGUGUUACUGCUGCUGCUCACUCAAGGCCUACUCCCGUAAGCACGCCGAAGCCGAAUACGGGGACGAGUAGUGCGCCUGGAUCUGCUGCUACGGGGUCCCAGAAGCCGGCGAAGGGGCCAAAGACGUUUGAUGAGAUGGGGGUGCCGGCUCAGAAGAGCGAUGGGACUUGUGCUGUAAUGUGA